AUGUCGCUCACGAUUCUCAAGGACGACGAGAUUGCCGAGCUUCUCAACUACCUCACGUUUGACGAGCUGGAGUCGUUCCGCAGCGUCCUGAAGCAGGCCCUCUACGAGUACUCGACCGGCACCCAGAGUGUUCAGGAUGGCGACAUCCAGCAACCGCCGCGGACGUCCGUGACAUCGCCAGUCACCGGCUGCACAACGCUGUUUAUGCCAUCAUGCAGCACGGAGGGACUGGGCAUGAAGGCGAGAAAGGACACGCUGCCCCCACCCGUGGGCACGCAGGCCAAGGCCAACAUCCGGCCGACCGGCGCCCUUACGCUCUACUCCGAGACGGGAAACCCCAUUGGCAUUCUGCACGCCAGCACGCUGACGGCCUUCCGCACGGCGCUGGCCUCGGCCUGUCUGCUGCAGCGCCGCGACACCGUCAAGAACAUCACCGUCUUUGGCUGUGGCGAGCAGGCCUACUGGCACGUCCGCCUGGCGCUGCUGCUCCGCGGUGACACGAUCCGCCACGUCAACAUUAUCAGCCGCCGCUUCGACUCGUCGCGCGCCUUUGUCGCCCGCUUCUACAAGAUGGCCACGGCCGUCAAGGAGCGCGAGGGCUGGGCCUCCGACACCAAGUUCAGCAUCCUCACCACGGGCUACAACGACUACGAACGUCUCCUGUCCGAGAACCUGCGCAGCUCCGACGUCAUCUUCUGCUGCACGCCCUCGACCGAACCUCUGUUUGACCACCGUGUCCUGACCAACCACGAGGGCCGCCGCCGCGGCCGCCUGAUUGUGGCCAUUGGCUCGUACACGCACGAGAUGCGCGAGCUGCCGGCUGAGCUGCUGCGCCAAGCCACCAAGACGCCCGACAAGACCCACGUGCACUACCACAAGCACGCCGUCGAGGGCGGCGUCGUCGUCGUGGACACGCUCGACGGCGCGCUCAAGGAGGCCGGCGAGAUCGCCGAAGCUGGACUCGGCCCGCGCCACCUCGUCGAGCUCGGCGAGCUGGUCAUGUUGUCGCGCGUCGCGCUGCUCGACGACGACUCGUCCGAGGACAUCCAGAGCCUGUCGAGUGCGAGCACCUUCAGCGCAACAUCCAGCGAAUUCGAGAAGCUCAGCCUCAACGGGCCGGCCAUGUCGUCCGUCUACGGCAGCAGCCAGGACACCAUGCCGAAGAUUACAACCUCCCACGCUCCCAGCACGGCCGACGCCCUUGCGAGUCCGACAACACCUACAGUGGCCAGUGGCGGCGGCAGCAACAGCCGGUCCGCGUCACCCGCGCGCAAGGGCAGUGGCGGCCUGCUGUCCAGCCUGACGCCGCGGCACCACCGACGCAGCUCGAGCCAGGCGUCCGUCGACCGGCGCAAGAAGAAGGAGGACCAGUCGGCGCGCUGGCUGCAGCGAGGCAACGUCAUCUACAAGAGCGUGGGGCUCGGUCUCAUGGACCUCAGCGUCGGCUUGCGGCUGAUUGACUUUGCCCGCGAAAAGGGCGUUGGAACACGCGUGCCAGGAUUUUAA